AUGUCACAGACCACAAGCUCAGUGGCGUCUUUGCACGAGGAAAAGUCACGACUUCCCCAAUCCGAUGUUGAACAACUGCCAGCACCGGUCGACGAAAAGCAACUCGAUACGACUGAGCCUACAGCGGUCGUGAGCCCAUUCCAUCCUAGUCAAUUUCCUGAUGGCGGAAGAGACGCCUAUCUGUGUCUCCUCGGAGGCUUUUGCUGUCUCUUCUGCUCAUUUGGAUGGCUAAACUGCGUCGGAGUGUUCCAAAGUUACUACCAGCGGAAUCAGCUCAGCGCGUACUCGCCGUCUACCGUCGCCUGGAUCGCUUCUCUCGAGAUCUUUGUCAUGUUUGCGCCUGGACCUAUCGUCGGUUUCCUCUACGACAACUACGGCCCCAAGUACAUAUUCCUAUGCACCGAGUACUGGCAAUUUAUCCUCGCCCAAGGAAUCUGCAGCCCUCUAGGUCUGAACUGUAUCUUCCAGGCAGGAACGAGCACCAUUCCUACAUGGUUUCUGAAGAAGAGAGGCCUGGCAUACGGGGUCAUGGCAGCUGGCAGUGGACUAGGCGGCAUCAUCUUCCCUAUUAUGGCAACACACCUCAUCCCCGAAAUCGGCUAUGGCUGGACAAUGAGAACGUUUGGCUUCCUCAUCCUCGGCAUGAUGACUAUCGCUUUCCUCACUGUCAAAUCUCGCCUACCGCCACAACCCAGAACGUUCGAGUUCAAGGUGUUUGUGGAGCCUUUUGGUGAUAUUCGCUUCGUCUUACUGACGAUUGCGUCAUUUUUGUUCUUCAUGGGACUGUUUAUACCCAUCAACUUCAUCGAAGUUCAAGCGAUGGCCGCUGGAAUGUCGACUACCUUGGCUGGAUAUCUUCUAGCUAUUCUCAACGCCGCUAGUAUCUUCGGUCGCAUCAUUCCCGGUGCCCUCGCGGACAAGGUUGGCAAGUUCAAUAUGCAGUCACUCUGGUGCCUCGUAGCUGGCAUUCUGGUCCUUGCCCUGGCUAUCCCCGCAUCAAGUAACGCGGCAUUCAUUACAUUCGCCGGCCUCUACGGAUUCGCUUCCGGUGCUUUCGUGUCACUGUUGCCUGCCCAGAUCGCUUAUAUUUCCAAGGUCGAACAGAUUGGGAUCCGUGUUGGUGUUGUCUUCGCCUGCAUCUCAAUUGCGGGUUUGAUCGGUAAUCCAAUUGCAGGAGCUAUCGUCGUCCAAAACAAUGGAAAGUACUGGGGGCUGAACGUCUUCUCUGGUGUCAUGAUGAUGGCGGGAGCAAGCAUGUAUAUACUGACGAGAAUGUAUAUUGCAGGAUGGAAGGUGCUUGCACUAGUUUAG